UGGCAUAAUUAUUGUUUCUCAGUUAUGGGAUGGAGUAGUUGAGCGUGACAUUGCCUUACCACGAAUGAAAAAUACUAGUAGUCCAGGAUGAGCAGUGGGCCUGGAGCGGAGGGCUAUGGCUCUUUGCCUGGCACGGAUAGUUCACAGGCUACAUCAGCAUUGAUCGUGGAGCCCAGUGACGGAGUUCCUGGCAACUAUCAGCAGCUACAUAACGAGCACUCGAAUGUCGGGGGCGAACAGUUUGGCAGCUCUGCUGCUGCAGCUGUCGUCAAUCCUACUAGUACUACGCCCCUUUCCGUGCAGAACGAUGCUACAGAACAUGGGCAACAGAAACACAGUGCUGGGACAAGCGGCACGACAGGUUCCGGCUUUGGUGCUGCCAGCGACGGUGCGCUAAAGUUCAUUCUUCUGGUGUUCGUCAUCGUGCUCUUCUUGUUCGGUAACUGGGCAAAUGACGAGCCCUUGGUCAGGAGUGGUCCAGCGGCCAAUGCUUCCCGGCGCCGUGCGGACUGGGCCAGCCUGCCAAGCUCUUACUACUUCUCGCUCUACUUCUGCGUGUCGCUUGGCCUCCUGACGCUGAUGACACAGCGCUACGCACCGGCACUGCUACUUGCCUUGUUCAGCACGCUAGCUAUACUGCAAGAUUGGGUCAUGUUUGCCUUCUACUGGCCAGCUAUAUCUGACAAUCUGGCGAGUAACGACCUGACAGCACAUGGUAGGACCAGGCUGAGACUUAACAGAGCUGCCAUGGUGUUGGCACACUUAUCCAGGUACGUCAUCGUACUUAUUGGAUUCUGUAUGGCGUAUCGACGUGGCUGGCUUCAGAAUAGGCCAGGUCUUUCACUGAGCUCGUUGUCUUACUCACACUUGCGAGGUCGCUCCAGUAGAGGUGGAAAUCUCUACUGAGAUAACUGCUGCCAGUGGUGAUCCAGCCUAUCUUGUUGAUGUAGGAGAGGCAAGGCCAGACAUGUACUUGGUCAAGGGACUAGAGACACCCAGGUGAAGAUGGAUGAUAUUGACAUUGUAUUCGUAUGUUGAUUACUUCAAAGUAUUUGCUAGAGCCAGAAGUAGGUAAAUGCCAAAUGUGGCCGCCGUGACUGUCACACAACAGAGCAUAAUCAGCAGGACCGUGACACUUGCGUUAGCACUCUCUUCCCAUGUCUCCCCUCCUCCCCCCCCCCCUCUCACUCCCUCUCCCCCCCCCCCCCCCCUCUCUCUCUCUCUCUGUCUCUCUCUGUCUGUCUGUCUGUCUGUCUGUCUGUCUGUCUGUCUGUCUGUCUGUCUGUCUUUCUGUCUGUCUCCCUCCCUCCCUCCCUCUCUCUCUCUCUCUCUCUCUCUCUCUCUCUCUCUCUCUCUCUCUCUCUCUCUCUCUCUCUCUCUCUCUCUCUCUCUCUCUCUCUCUCUCUCUCUCUCUCUCUCUCUCUCUCUCUCUCUCUCUCUCUCUCUGUCUCUCUCUCUCUGUCUCUCUGUCUCUCUCUGUAUAUUGCUGACAUUGCUAUUGCUCUAUCUACUUGUCUUGCUCAUUGAUGCUCAACUGCAUCAUGGCUGCAUCAUGGCUGUGGGAUGAUGACGAUGAUCAUUAUGAUGAUGGCUGUGUGGAUAGGUUUAUUGAACUCGUGUUUUAGACUCUUCGCCCUCUAUCUUCAGUCGGUUGAUGUCGCUGGCGAUGCACCUCUGUAUUUUCUGAGAUGUCGCUGCCAAGUUGUACUGGCUUGGCCAGUUUUUUGCUUACUAUGUUGGUAGAGUAUAAUUAUGUGCAUUUUCGUGCCUGUUUCUGAAUGAUGACCACUAGGUAUAUAUCUGA